GGAGGCGAGGGCGGGCUGGGCGGAUUUGACGAGAACCGCGGCGGUUGGCGAAGCGGACGGGGCGCAGCCUCUCCGGUGUGAAGAGCAGUCCCCACUGACAGAUCCCCUUCUUCCGGCCGCGCCACCCGGGAGGCGGAUCCCCGGGGCCUGAGGAGGCUUCCUCGGCCCGGGCCUCCCUCCCUCUCCUACGAGUCACCCGGGCGGCCUGGGAGGAGGAGGAAGAGAAGGAAGUCGUCGGGGGCGGCGGCGGGCAGAGAACCCGCUCCUCCUUUCCCAGCGGCGGCGGCGGGGGCAGGACAAUGGAGGUGGCUGUAGAGAAGGCGGCGACGGCGGCCGCGGCGGCUUCGGCGGCGGCCGCCGGGGGGCCCUCGGCUCCGCCGAGCGGGGAGAACGAGGCCGAGAGUCGGCAGGGCCCCGACUCGGAGCGCGGAGGCGAGGCGGCCCGGCUCAACCUGUUGGACACUUGCGCCGUGUGUCACCAGAACAUCCAGAGCCGGGCGCCCAAGCUGCUGCCCUGCCUGCACUCCUUCUGCCAGCGCUGCCUGCCCGCGCCCCAGCGCUACCUCAUGCUGCCCGCCCCCAUGCUGGGCUCGGCCGAGACCCCGCCGCCCGUCCCCGCCCCCGGCUCGCCGGUCAGCGGCUCCUCGCCGUUCGCUACCCAAGUGGGAGUCAUUCGAUGUCCAGUUUGCAGCCAAGAAUGUGCCGAGAGACACAUCAUAGAUAAUUUUUUUGUGAAGGACACUACUGAGGUUCCCAGCAGUACAGUAGAAAAGUCUAAUCAGGUAUGUACAAGCUGUGAGGACAAUGCAGAAGCUAAUGGGUUUUGUGUAGAGUGUGUUGAAUGGCUCUGCAAGACAUGCAUCAGAGCUCAUCAAAGGGUGAAAUUCACAAAAGACCACACUGUGAGACAGAAGGAGGAAGUAUCUCCAGAGGCAGUUGGUGUGACCAGUCAGCGACCAGUGUUUUGUCCUUUUCAUAAGAAGGAGCAGCUGAAACUUUACUGUGAAACAUGUGACAAACUGACAUGUCGGGACUGCCAAUUAUUAGAGCAUAAAGAGCACAGAUAUCAAUUUAUAGAAGAAGCUUUUCAGAAUCAGAAAGUGAUCAUAGAUACACUGAUCACCAAACUGAUGGAAAAAACAAAAUACAUAAAAUUCACAGGAAAUCAGAUCCAAAACAGGAUAAUUGAAGUAAAUCAAAAUCAGAAGCAGGUGGAACAGGAUAUUAAAGUUGCCAUAUUUACAUUGAUGGUAGAAAUAAAUAAAAAAGGAAAAGCUCUACUGCAUCAGCUUGAGAGUCUUGCAAAAGAUCAUCGAAUGAAACUUAUGCAACAGCAGCAGGAAGUGGCUGGACUUUCUAAACAGUUGGAACAUGUCAUGCAUUUUUCUAAAUGGGCAGUUUCCAGUGGCAGCAGUACAGCAUUACUUUAUAGCAAGCGACUGAUUACAUACCGGUUACGGCACCUCCUUCGAGCAAGGUGUGAUGCUUCCCCAGUGACCAACAAUACCAUCCAAUUUCACUGUGAUCCUAGUUUCUGGGCUCAAAAUAUUAUCAAUUUAGGUUCUUUAGUAAUCGAAGAUAAAGAGAGUCAACCACAAAUGCCUAAGCAGAAUCCUGUCAUGGAACAGAAUUCACAGCCACCAGGUGGUUUAUCUUCAAACCAGUUAUCCAAGUUUCCAACACAGAUCAGCCUAGCUCAAUUACGACUCCAGCAUAUGCAGCAACAGGUAAUGGCUCAGAGGCAACAGGUGCAACGGAGGCCAGCACCUGUGGGUUUACCAAACCCUAGAAUGCAGGGGCCCAUCCAGCAACCUUCCAUCUCUCAUCAGCAACCUCCUCCACGUUUGAUAAAUUUUCAAAAUCACAGCCCCAAACCCAAUGGACCAGUUCUUCCUCCUCAUCCUCAACAGCUAAGAUAUCCACCAAACCAGAAUAUGCCACGACAAGCAAUAAAGCCCAACCCCCUGCAGAUGGCUUUCCUGGCUCAACAAGCCAUAAAACAGUGGCAGAUCAGCAGUGGGCAGGCCGCCCCGUCACCUGCCAACAGCACGUCCUCUACUCCAUCCAGUCCCACCAUUACUAGUGCAGCAGGGUGUGACGGGAAGGCCUUUGGGUCGCCUAUGAUUGAUCUGAGCUCACCUGUGGGAGGCCCCUAUAAUCUUCCUUCUCUUCCAGAUAUUGACUGCUCAAGUACUAUUAUGCUGGACAAUAUUGUGAGGAAAGAUACUAGUACAGAUCAUGGCCAGCCGAGACCACCCUCAAACAGAACUGUCCAGUCACCGAAUUCAUCAGUGCCAUCUCCAGGCCUUGCAGGACCUGUUACUAUGACAAGUGUACACCCACCAAUACGUUCACCUAGUGCCUCCAGCGUUGGGAGCCGAGGAAGCUCUGGCUCUUCCAGCAAACCAGCAGGAGCUGAUUCUACACACAAAGUCCCAGUGGUCAUGUUGGAGCCAAUCCGAAUAAAACAAGAAAACAGUGGACCACCUGAAAAUUAUGAUUUUCCUGUUGUUAUAGUGAAACAAGAAUCAGAUGAAGAAUCUAGGGCUCAAAAUACCAACUAUCCAAGAAGCAUACUCACCUCCCUGCUCUUAAAUAGCAGUCAGAGCUCUGCAUCUGAAGAGUCUGUGUUAAGAUCAGAUGCCCCUGAUAGCACAGGAGAUCAACCUGGACUUAACCAGGAAAAUUCCUCAAAUGGAAAGUCUGAGUGGCUAGAUGCCUCGCAGAAGUCACCCCUUCACGUUGGAGAGACAAGGAAAGAGGAUGACCCCAAUGAGGACUGGUGUGCAGUUUGUCAGAACGGAGGGGAACUCCUAUGCUGUGAGAAAUGUCCCAAAGUAUUCCACCUCUCUUGUCAUGUGCCCACAUUGGCAAAUUUUCCAAGUGGAGAGUGGAUUUGCACUUUCUGCCGAGACUUAUCUAAACCAGAGGUUGAAUAUGAUUGUGAUGCUCCCGUUCACAACUCAGAAAAAAAGAAAACUGAAGGCCUUAUCAAACUAACGCCAAUAGAUAAAAGGAAGUGUGAACGCCUACUUUUAUUUCUUUAUUGCCAUGAAAUGAGCCUGGCUUUUCAAGACCCAGUUCCUCUAACUGUGCCUGAUUAUUACAAAAUAAUUAAAAAUCCAAUGGACUUGUCAACCAUCAAGAAAAGACUACAAGAAGAUUAUUCCAUGUAUACAAAGCCUGAAGAUUUUGUAGCUGAUUUUAGAUUGAUCUUUCAAAACUGUGCUGAAUUCAAUGAGCCUGAUUCAGAAGUAGCCAAUGCUGGUAUAAAACUUGAAAGCUAUUUUGAAGAACUUCUGAAGAACCUUUAUCCAGAAAAACGGUUUCCUAAAGUAGAAUUCAGGAAUGAAUCAGAAGAUAAUAAAUUUAGUGAUGACUCAGAUGAUGACUUUGUACAGCCCCGGAAGAAACGCCUCAAAAGCAUAGAGGAACGCCAGUUGCUUAAAUAAGCAACACCACUGGCGUGUGCUGGUUUUUAGAUUUUUUUUGUUUUCAAAAAACAUUUUGUCAGUAAUUUAACAUCAUUACCAAGAAGAGCUUGUGACCACUUUAAGUUUUCAAUGUUUACUAGACUCUGAUUUCCUUAAUAACCCAUUUCUUUUAACCUUCUUAUUAAGAAAGAAAGAAAAAGAGGGAGGAAGGAAGGAGAAAGGAAGAAAGGAAGAAGCAUCAACAACAGAAUAAAAAGACAUUCUCCCCACUUAUUGGAUUUCAAACUGCAGUCUGGAGUGAUAGCAACUAUAGAAAGGAAAUAGACUUUGUAUGAACUCUAAGUUGAAAAUUUAAUGUGGUUUGGAUGCGUGCGUUAAUCCAUUUUUAGAAAAUACCACUACUCAUUAACUAUGGACCAACCAUGAGUUAGGUGUACUGUACAUAAGAGCAGUACUCCAAUGAGUAUGAGUGGUAAUAAGAGUUCUAUCCUAGGAUGCCCCCUGGUGCAACGAAAAAGUAGAUUAGAUGCUAUUAAGAAGGCACCUAAUAGUAUAUCAUGUAAGAUGGCAAUUGUAUUAAAGAAAAAGGAAAACAGAUGUUUGAUUUUUGUUUUUGUUUUUUUCUUGUCUAUAGAGGUGUGUUUGGUAUAGCAGGUUUUCAAGCCCAUUUUUCGUACAUUUCUAAACCUACCUUCCACUGAGGAAGUAAGUGUACUCGUUUGGUUUUGCUGUGUGUCUAUGUGUGGUUUGUUGUUUGCUUUUUAACUGUGCAGGUGAUCCUUUUAUAACAAGACUCAUUGUUUGCAGUAUGGCUUUUAGUGGAGCUAUCCAGAAUAUGCAAUACAGCAGUGUGUGCCGUAUUUGAUGUAAGGAUUCUUCAGCGUAUACCCUAUUGGGCAUUAAAUAUAAAUUCCCCUGAAAGGGACCAGUUUUUGUGGUUUUCAUCUGUCUUCAUAAAUUGGAAUGAAAUGUGUUGUGGAAUUUGGGAGCAGGCAACUGGAGGAAAUUAGAGUGAAAUGUACAAUUUUUUCUGAAGCAUCUAUUUCCCAUUCUUCAGAGUCAGAACCUCAAACUGAAUCUUUCAUCUGACUUAAUUCUGGACUUCAUUUUCAUUCUCCUGAUAGAGAUACAAAAGACCUACCUUCUGAGGGCAAACAUAUUCUUAAUGGGUCAGACCUAGCUAGUUUACUGACUUUCAUUUAUUCCUUUUACUUGUUGUUCAGUAUCAGAGAAGGAAACUAGGUUAAGAUAGAAGAAAAUUAUUGUGCCAUUUGCUAAUCUAACAUUUGACAGUAUAUUUAUAUGUGAACUUUUUUAGUUUGCCAAAGUAAACCUUUAUUUAUAAAACAUUAAUUGGCUGAGGAAAUUUUCCUCUCUAGGCUGAUAGAAUAAAAAUAUAGCUGACUUGAAAGAACUUUAUCCUUUGGAUAGUGUCAUCUCCCAUGAAUUAAACCUAGAGGAUUUGCUUGUAUCCACAUGGCAUUAGUUCUUAAGAUGGACAAUUUGAAAAUAUCCUGUGGCUAAGUCAUUGGGUUUCAGAUACUGCUAAAGAUAAAAUGAGAAAAGAACUUACUGGCAAGAGCAUCUCACUUUCUGUGUAGACUUAGGUUUAGUCCAUAGUAUGUCAGUUAUGUACUAAAGGUUAAAAAGUCUUAAUCACUUUUCCAAAUAUGUGUUUCAGGGUAGUUGUUGUUGUUGUUGUAUUGUUUUGAACAUGUGUUUGACAUUUGUUCUCCAAAGACUUGAACAAAUUUUGAUAAUAGUGCAUAUACCACCAAUUGUCUUCUUUUGCUCCAGCAUUUUUAGCACAGCAGCCGUGGAACUUUUCCUAAUAAGUUUAUUGUUUUUAUCUUAGAAUACAAUUCUUACGAUAGUUUUUUCUUCGAUACUUGUCUCCUGAGUUAAAGCAGGGCACCACAGGUAAAUUUUGAGGAUGAUCACAAAGGGAAGUAGCACUUAAGAGAGAAAAAUUAUAAUUUUGUAAAUGCAUCUGAGCCAGAAUUUCUACUAAUGUACCCCAAAUUUUCACUGUUAUUAUUCAGUGCCAUAUUAAUCUUUUCAAACAAUAUUUUUCUUUCACCUUUAUCAUUUUUUUGCGGAAUGAAAGGCACUUGAAAACCAUCUUUCCUGUAAUCAUACAUAAUAUAUACUAAAAGUGUUUCUCCAAAUAACAUUUUCUUAAUGGUCUUAAAAUUAAAGUCCUACGACCUUAUUAACAGGUGCCUGUGUGUCCAGGUGGAUCCCAGCAAAGUAGUCCUUAAAUUAUAAUAGUAGUAAGCUAUAAGAUGAGCCUAACUAUACCUCAUGCCCAUUUGGAGAGAAUUCCUUUCAAAAGGUCAGUGCCACUCAAGCAACCUUGACCUAAACUUAAAAAACUCCAGUGUUUACCUCUGAUCGAAAACUCCAGGAGAUUACCCUCUGGAUUUAGAACCAAUAGCCUCAUGUCAUAUCUGCAAGACCCCCAAUGCUGAAUGGGAUCACAUGAUGAGCAGGCCAUGUGGCAGCUAGAAUAUACUCAAUCCUGGGAAACUCAUCGAAAGCUUUCCCAGGUGCCAAGCAUCUGAUCUUUCCAGCAAAAAGGAAACCCAGUACACAGUUAGUGACUUAACAUGGCUUUGGUAGAAGUAUAAAUGGAUAAUGUAUACCAUAUUAAAUUCAAAAUACUAUUGUACAUCAGCACCUGGCAAUGCAGUUAUUUUGUCCUUUGAAUUAACAGGCCCUGCUUGUCUUUUCUGAAUGGAAGCGUAGGAAAUUGGAAGGUCCUGAGAGGAAAAUGUCCUCUUUCCUUGGUAGCUUUACUUUCUUUUCCAAGCUAAAGAAUAGGCUCCACAUUUUACUACUGCACAGUAGUGUAGAUGUAAUACAACUUAGGAAUGCUUUCAAAAAGAUUCACUCCACAGUCCAAAGGGUGAGUAUAUAGCCGAUUGCUCCAUUUAUGAAUUUGCAUUUCAAUUUUCUAUGCUGUUACAGUGUUUAAACUUUUAAAUUGGGGUUCCGUGGAGAGACUCGUUAGACAAUGAAAGGAGGAACUCCUCCUUUUGUUGAGGCCUGAUCUACAAAUGAAUGUGAAUCCCAACAGUAGGUGACUGCACUGAAGCAAAAGGUUUUUAGGUUUAAAUAGAAGAUGUAUUUAUUUUCUGUUUAUCUGUAUCUGUUAUGAAUGAGAGAAAUUGAGUGAUCUGAUUGACCAUUAAAAUUAUGGACAUAACCAUGAGUUCAACCAUCCAAUUAUUGAAAUAGAGGCCCUCAUUUUAAAUAACCAUGCACAUACAUAUUUUUUAAAGUAUUGUAUAACCUCGUGUAAGUUAAGAGUUCGUGUCUUUUUAUUUAUAUUGCCCCUUCGUCUCUGGUGUGAAUUUACUAAAAUUCACAGGUUGGUGGCUCAUGCUCUUGAGUGAGAAUAAUGCUAGCCAAUCAGAUCACAGAUUUCUCUGCCCAUGAAGGUUUCGCUUAUUGUGAAGGGUAUCUGAGACAGUAGUCUUCGUUGUUGUUUUUAAUUUGGGGGAGUCAACUGGUGCUUUGAUUUUAAUAAAAAUCAGCUUUGA